GAGGGAGAGGGAGAUUACCCUUUUUCAUUCCAGCCAAUGAGACGGUCGAUACACUAAGAUUUUCAUAGUUGUGCAGGAGCACAAAGUGAGCUGGCUCGUGCGUGAACUUCCAGGUAAAACUGCGAACCGUCUUAAGUGGCUCACGUCUCCUCACACUCGGUUCUUCUCCUCUUUAAGCCCUUGAGGCCGCUGUACCAGGCUUUGAUGCCCUUUGAAGCAGGUGGACAGACGCAGGCAUGAGCAACAGUGGGACCAAAGAGCCGUCUCCUCAGCCGAGCACUGCCCAGUCGCCCUCCGAGCCUCAGCGCAGGGGCAGGGGUCGCCCACGCAAACAGCAGCAGGAGCCUGUUGGACCACCGACUCCAAAGCGGCCGAGAGGACGACCAAAAGGCAGCAAGAACAAAGGCCCCAAAACUGCACUGAAGAAAGUCGAGUCGGUUGGAGGGAGACGACCGCGUGGGCGACCGAGGAAAUGGCCCCAGAAAGUAGUCCCAGAAGCAACUGAAGAGCAGCAGGGCCCUUCAGAGGAGGCUGAGGAGGGUCCCUCGCAGCUCGACCCCUCGUCAUCUCAGGUGCCGGCGCAGGAGGAAGGGGAGUAGAUAGGACGCCUCUCUACCUACCUCAAGGUUUGACCCCCGGCCAGCAGGCGGGGGGACGACCUGACUCCUAUCUGUGAUGGGGAUUCAGGAACACACACACACACACACACACACACACACUCAGAAACCAUUGCAGACAGUAGUUUCCUCUCCCGAUCCGAUACCGAACCCUGGAUUUGUUGUUGACGACUUUAAGACGUUGGUUUGUUUUGUGAACAAACUCCGUUUUAACAUUUGGGAUAUUUGAUCUUUGGAAAAAGGCUUUUUUUAUAAAGGAAUAGUUCCACUUUUUUGGGAAAUGCAACAGAAAUGAAGGGAUGGAUUCAUGCAGCGUCGCUGAAGCUUCAACGAUUUCUUCUUCUUGAAAUCUGCACAAAAGCCAAAAUACAAAAGCAGUGCGUCUGAGUUUCAGACGUGCUGGUGGGGAGUUUUCCACCAGUUUGUACACCAGCAGCACCAACAGCUGUUUAGUUGUAUUUCCCAUAAAGUGGAGCUGUUCUUUCAGGUGUGCUGGCUGUCCUGAACCCCUCAGUGUGUGUGUGAGAGUGUGUGUGUGAGAGUGUGUGUGUGAGUGUGUGAGUGUGUGUGUGUGUGUGUGUGUGUGUGAGUGUGUGAGUGUGUGUGUGUGGAGGGGACGGACUGAAACGAGAGGGGUUAAGAAAAACAAAGGAACCAAACUGAACCGUUUUAUGUUCGAAUCGAGUGUCACGAAUCCUCGUAAGAAACGGGAGCAAGACGUUUUUUAAGAUGAACAUGCUGCGCUGAAGUCAUUGUGACGAACGCUGAUGUGGAAGGUUUCACUCACGAAUCAAACAUCCAGUUUUUUGGAGGGAAAAUUGAGGUUUUUUGAAGCUGAAAUGUCAACAUGAGCAAAACUAAAGUUCUUUUUCCCCCAAAGGUUUAACUGGAUGUUUUAUUUCUGGAGGGAAACCUUUCAUGCAUCCUUUAGUCAACAACCGUGUUGUCAUUUCGCCACACUCAGGAUUCACUAUUACAGUGCUUUUACACCAUAUUGAAACCUCAGGUACAAAAAAACUCUUCAGGAACAUGUUGUCUACUCAGUAAUAAUUAUGGUGCUGUGUUUGUUGUGCAUUUCUCACCUGUAUUUGACAUUACCAGUAUGCCUUGACACAAAGACCUCAUUUAAACCUCAGUUACCCUCAGUUUCUUAAUCUCUCAUUCUACCUCAGUAACACAAAAAAAGGCAGAAGAUCUCCGACAGAGCAACGCGUCGUCGCUCGCUCAGCAGCGACGGCACACACUCACUGAUUUCUAUGUAUACAGCACAGGCGUGAGGCGUUUUCAGGGUUUUUCAGGGCGACAUGCCGACACACAAACACACAGAUGUUACCCUCCAGUAGAGGAAUAAAAGCAUCAUUUCUUUUUAACGAAGAAGAAGAAA